CUGCCCACCACCGGACUGUCUACGUGUCAACCUGAUACCAAGAGACUGGACGCCAGGCAAUCCCCCGGAUGGCUACGCACGGGGCUAGAGAAAAACUGGGGAGACCCGACACAUUCCCAUUGGUUUACCGAUAAUAAUGGGCUGCUUCAAAGACUAUCCAAACCUCUAGCUAGAUAUAAGGGCGAGAAAAUCGAAAAUCGUAAGCGAAUAGGGCGAGAGUGUUGGUGAGAGGAGUGGCCCGAGUGAGUGCUUUCUCUGCGGCCUACCGCUACAUUUCUCAUGCAUGAAAGGCGUGGACCAAACUCUCCAACAGGUGCAAGCGGGAAGGAAAGCACACACUUUUCCGUAGCUAAUAGUCUGCCGUUGUCAGAGCUGGAAAGUCGAAUAACGGUUCCAAUGGUACUUGUAUGAUACUGGGACGAUAAUAAUUAUGAUAUGUUUUUCACCGAUACCGAUGAGGGCAUAUACAGGCGAGGUAGGAAGAAAGAAAGGGAAAAAAUUUCUUCACAGUUUGCUGGCUUCUGCAGCAGCUUCACACAAACGCCACGAUGCGGCGAAAAGGCGAAGUGAGACACUUUUUCUGCCAAUUUGGAAGGCAGAGACUUAUGCUCGGACCCUCUUGGCGGAGAUCUUGUUUCGGGGGUCCGGCGGUCAUAAGAGCCUCAUCUUCUUACAGCAUAGGCGAGCCCCUCCCCCCAGCCCUAAUCUUUGAUCGCUUAAACCCUUAUGAUGACUAAUGCUCACCUCUUUUCCGAAGAAAAUAUCUUGACGCCCGAACCAUUCUUCGGAUUUGAGCUGAGCCUGCCUAUUAUUCAUUCCAGUCCACGCUUCCGAGGAUUCCACACUUCACAUUUUGGAAAAUGGACUCCUUCGAUCCUAGCAGUAUCCCUACCGUAUCCAUCAUCUCAUCACACUCUAUAUCCAAAAAGACAACUCGGUGCCUGGCCACCCUUUUCCCCAUUCAACCACCAACUACACCUUCAGUACUUGCGGUAGCAAUUGUUGCAAAGUCCACCGUCGCUUCAAAGGCUAUCACAAUCGCUGAGAUUGUUAAGCGCCGUAUCAGCACCCAGGGUGAAGCAUGGUUCCAAUAUACAAAGCUUGAAGGUACCAUGGUUGAGCUUAAGGCUCCCAAGAAAAGCAAGAAGGAAGGGAAGGGCAAAAACAAGGACCAGAGGGGUAGCCAAGUGGAGAAGGCAGGGGAGAAGGGGGCACAAAUAGGGGGGGAGGAGGGUACAGAUGAGGAGGACCCCUUUGAGCCUUUAAAGGAAAAGACUCCACAGAAGAAGCGGAAAAUGCCUCUAUUGACUAUCUACAUAUCGAGGUCCUCCAUCCCAGAACUUGCAAAACUCUAUGGCGAGCAAUCUGGAAGUGGUCCCGUGGGGGAGGCGCAAGAGCAACCCCGGUAAACGGGCUGCGACACACCGCCGGACCUUUGUGCUGCACCUUUCCCUUCAAUUUUUUUUGGAUUUAAUACCUGCUCUAAUACCGGUACGGGGCUUGCUUUCUCUCAAUUACUAUACGCCAAACAGUGCAUCUUCAUGUAACCUUAGCUUUUAAAAAGCGGGACGCCAGGUUGUAACUCAUGUGAUACUUUACCCAAGAA